UUGCUGCUGCUGCGGAGGGUUCGGCUCCACUCGGCUCCAUUCGGCUCCGCUCGGCUCCAGGCGGAUCGACUGGGGGUCGUGAUCGAGCCCGCGGUGCUGAUGCUGCUGCGACCGGGCCGGAGGAGCUGGUCGGUGUCCAGCCCGCUCUUCGGCGGGACCCUGCCUGGUUUUAUUUCGGUCCGUGCUGUUUGAGAGCGACGUUUAGCCGCUUCGUGCUGCUGCAUUUCUCACGACGUGCAGGCGUACAAGCAGCGGCAGCAGCGGCUAGCCCGCAUCCCACCCAGCGUCCGGCACAGUCCCCGCUGACAUCCGUCCUGGGCUCCGGUCGUCAUGUUAGCCACACUUACUGCUCUGCUGGCUCGGGUUUCCAGGUGCUCUGCGUCCCCGCUGGAAGUAAUGAAAUGUAGCCUCCAUCAGCUCGACAUCAUGACUCACACUCAGUGAGUUAGCCUGCCGCUAGCCCGAUGCUACCCGCUGCUAGCGGCUAACGCCGUUAGCCUGCCGCCAGCCCGAUGCUAGCGGUUCGUCGACCUGGACCGCUGUUAGCCUGCUGCUAGCUGUUAGCGGCUAACCACCCGGCAGAACCAGCGAGCCGCUGCACGGACUGUGACCGAUGGAGCUGAGGCGGUGGUCGGCUUCCAGGAGAUGAUGGGCCGCCUCCGCCGCGGGUUUGUGCCUCUGUGUGCAGGAGGCGGAUCAUGGGCUCCGAGAAAGACCCGAGUGCUCACAGACUUCUGGACCAAAAGAAGGACGGCAGGCGCGGUUUAGUGAAGACCCUCCACAGCCUGUUGAAGACCCAGAGCUCUCUGCAGAUUCCGCCCCCCUCCCGUUCACAAUGUGCUGGUUCCUGUCCAAACCUCAGCAUGAGUAGGAGCGAGCACGCCGAUGGCCGGCCCGUCCCCGUGGCCCUCACCCCCCAGCUGCCCCCCCGAGCCCACCGGCCCCUCUGCGUGUCGGUGUCCUCCGACAGCAGCGGACGCUUCAGGGCCCUGGAGACGCAGGAGUGGAAGAACAACCUGAAAGCCCAGAUGGAGCAGGCUCACAGCGCCGGAGCCGCCAGCAGCACCGGCUCUCUGGAGCGAGCGUCGCUGUUCUGCGCCGGGGCGUCCGCCGCGGCGUCCGGCUCGGGCCUGUCCAGCCCCGUGGACAUCCUCAACAAGAGCAAGUCGUCCAGCCGCUUCUCGCUCUUCUCGCCGCCCUGGAACAGCAGCUCCGAGUCCGACUCCAACCCCCCGUCUCGCUCCGGCUCCAAGAAGCUGCGUAACUACAGCAGGAGGGCCGCCACGGGGCCGGCGGGGGCCCGGGGCCCCGACACGCCCGAGCCCCGACCCGGCGAGCACUUCCAGUACUCGGAGCCGGUCAUCUCCAAGGUGACGGACUACAUCUACGUGGGGAACCUGAACGCCGCCUACAACGGACGCACGCUGUGCCGCAACAACAUCGACAGCAUCAUCGACAUGAGCGGCGUGGCGGGGGAGGCGGGCCCCACGCUCAGCCUCAUCCCCUGCACCUGCUCCCGCGGCGCCCGCCACAGCUGGUCCCGCCUCAAGGUGGACAUCGGAGACGCGCCGGACGCCCCGGGCGACGGCCCCGCGCUGAGGCAGCGCUGCUUCGAGGACAUCAACGAGUGCAUCAACGCCUCCGCCGAGAAGAGGAAGCGCGUGCUGGUGCACUGCCGGGACGGCUACUCGCUGGCGCCCACCUGCAUCAUCCAGUACCUGAUGGUGAAGCAGAACAUGAGGCUGAUCGCCGCCUACGAGCUGCUGCGGGCCAAGUACCCGCUCAACAUCCGGGAGUGCCACCAGAACCUGCUGGUGAGCCUGGAGAGGGCGCUGCGGCCCGGCGGCAACGUGGACCCCGAGUGCUUCAAGCAGGCCAUCUCACGCAAAGUGGCCUGGACCUGAGUCCGGCCCCCAGGAGCCCCGCCCCCAACCCCCCAGGAGCCCCGCCCCCAGCCCCCCGUCACCUCCCUACAGACAGCAGAGGGCAGCUGGACUCCUCCCUGUGGAUGACCCCUCCCUGGGGGGGUAGCCCAUCCCUGGGGUUGGAGACCUGUCCCUCGGGGCGGUCCCUCUGGGGGCGUCCCUUCCCUGGCGGUGGCCUGUCCUGUAAACGUGAGCCCCCCCGCCCCCGUCGCGCUCGCCGGCGGACGCAGUGACUUCCUGUGGUGCUCACAGCUCUGGGGUUGACGGUGUGCUGCUGCCGGCUGUACAGUCCAUCUCGUCGUGCUUCAGUUCUGUGCCAUGCCGUGGUGUUGGUGUUCUUUAUCAGGGGAAUAUCCUAGAGGGGGAUCUCAGGAGAUUAUUGAUGUCAUGCAGUGCACAGGGGGUUAGAUUCCAUCAGAGUAGAGUAGAUUAGUCUGCAGCCUCACAGCAUCACGUCUGGUCACCACUCCAUCAGUGCUACACAGCGUGGCUCCUUUUAGGAUUUCUCCAUGUUGGCAGGGUCGUAGUGAUAGUCUGAUGAGUGACAGUGAUUUGCACAUUUUCAUCCUGAAGAUCAUCCAGACGUGUGGAAAGCAGAGCGGGAGCUAGCUAGCUCCACACAGCAGUCAGAUGAAUGCUAAUCCUCUCCAAGUUCUUCCACAGGGAAACGGUUUCACCCUCAAGACGAUGGUUUUUUCAUGAGUGCAUCCUGCUGAGACCGACCCUGGUGGACUUCCAGUGGAGGGCCUGAACCCCGUCCUUCACGCACGUUGGUCCUUCCUCCAGUGAGGGUCCACAGCUCAACAGAAGACCUGCAGGAUUCACACCUGAAGACUGGCUCCUGGACUGCAUGCUGGUCCACUUCACCAGUAAGACACCACCUGGGAAAAUCCACUUCUCAGAACGUUAGAGACAGGAAGCAGAUGGAUCAAUGAGGAAACGCAUUAACAUCGACCAGCCAACGAUGCUUUAACCCUCCAACAUGCUGCUCAUUUGGUUCAGCAUGUUUUCCUGAAACCUUUCAAAAUUCAAUUGUUUUAAUGGACUCUGUUUCCAAGAAUUUCAGUUUGUUCCUGAGGAUUCUGGAAUAAACCGUCCUAGUAGAUUUAACCUCCCAGUCCAGGAUUGAAGCAGCACUAAGUCCAGUUUGAAGAGUCAGAUCCUCGUUUUAAGGGAUGUGAGUGUAGUUUAAAGAGCAGGGUCUACUGUCAGUGAAGAACAUGUUUACAACAGUCUUCAUUAUCCUGGACGGGUCCAGUGAAAUCAGGUGGUCUGGGACAUUUGUAGAUCCAGCCUUCAGCUGUUUGUGAUGUGGUUUACCAGGCCCAGCUGAGUCCAGGUCCAGUCCCUACAGCAGUGUGUUGACAGGAUGUUAAAGUGUGUAUCGACACCAGCAGUAGAGGGCGCUGUGGGUCAGGCCAGGAGCUGUUUCACUGCGUUCUGAGAGAGAACGGUGCAGUUAGAGCCCAGAACCGUUCAGACGUGCAGGUAGAACCACCCAGAGAACCCGUCCCGCCUCUGAAGGUCCGCUGGGCCGCCGUACCUCAGUAUUCCUCCUCCAGAUUACAGAGUGACAGGAACGUUGGUAAUGGAGACCUUGACUCGGCGUGUAAAGAUCUUCGGACCAGGAAGUGAAGGGAGUGCCCAGCACCGAGUGGUUCCCGUCCCGGAGUGCAGAGGAGCCGUCCGUCGGUCCCUCCUGUUCCCGCUUGAACAGUGACGUCCUGACGUGUCCUCUGGGGGGAAGAGCUACUGCUGCGCCAUUAGCGUUAGCAUUAGCCCUGCAGCUCUCACCAGUGUUGUCCCGGGUGCCGCUGAACGGUGAUUCAGGGUUUUGCACUGCGAGGGGGGGUUUGCACUGUUCACAGGGGUGUGUGUUUUGGUGUGUGCUGAGACGUGACUGUUGCUAUGCUAACCCUUAUCAGAUCCACACUAAGCCAGUCUUCAUCAGCUUCAGUGGCAUUACGUUGCAUUUCAUGGGAGGUUUGCAUGUUAGCUCCUGGCUGCAGAUCGGUACCGCUGCCCUUCACCACCACAGAAGAAGAAACCCUGUUUGAGAACCGUGUGGACCAAGGAACAUGUUCUGAGCGCCACAGAACCCCAAACCAGUGUUUGCUAGCAUGAGAGCAGAUGGCCCUGGUCUGGAUGUCGCUGCACCACUUUGACUCGCUUUCAGUCUUUCCGUCGUCACGUUUCUCAAACCGCCUCAGAGUUCCGGGUGUGACUGGACCUCAUUGUUUGGUCUUUAGUGAUCCUCCACACAGGAUGGAAAUGUUUAGGGUUACACACUUGUUUGGAUUCAGUUUCUUUCAUCCUCUCCAGGGUUUCCAGUGUUUUUACUUGAAUGUACCGGCUCAGGGUCCAGCUGCCACAGAACCAGAACUGAGUCAGACUGGACAGACUAGCAGAUGUGUCCUGGUCUCAGUGAAACAGUCCGUGGAAGAGGGGGUCUUACCUGCUGGUGAAGGCGGGGUGUUUUCAAUUUAAAGGCUGAACAUGAAUACAGAAACUUUUACUUUACUCCCUUCAAAGCCAGAAAGAGCUAGCUAUGACCACAGACUUGGUUCUUCAUGCCGUCACUGGAGCUAAAAGUCUAAAACCAAAUAUUUUUCACAGCAGAGUAAACUGGGGGAAAUGACAAGAAGCCUGGCGGACCUGUUAGGACUUGAUCAGGAACCAAACUUAGCGGUGAAAGAGCAGCUCCUUUUGAUCGGUUCUUCCUUCGGGAGCUGGUGGAGGUGAAAGACUGGGCAGCAGCAGAAGCUCUGGAGGCAGAACGUUCCUUUCAUGCACUUGUUGCAGUUUGUCAGACAAUCUUCAUUCUGAAUUUGCACGACGAUAAAAUGUGAUAAUUAGCAUUCCCUCCAACUGUGGUGGGAUUGUGUUAGGAAAACCAGAUGGGCUCCUCUUUAAAGGCUGACUGCUGAAAAGGGAUUGAAGCUGGGGUCUUCAGCUUGUUUUCCAGAGGUUCUCAGGAUGGUUAGAAUCCAGCCACUCAGCUGCAGCGCAGAGCAUCUCAACCCCUUCCACACCUGGACUACGACCACAGUGCACUCCACUUCUGGCCCCAAUUGGCAAAGCUGUGUGGAAAGUUACUGGUGCCUGGUCUGCUGCGGCCACUGCGGUUUUCGUCAGAUCGCAGUGGCCGCGGCAGAGGAUUCACUCCUGGUCGUCCCGAGCAUUGUGAUUUAACAUUUUUUUGCUGUAGUAAUUCCUACUGGAAUAAAUGGCCGCAUGGCGUCCUGCAUGGCGUCCUGCAUGGCGUCCCGCAUGGCUGGUGGGAUCGGUGUGUGGCUGGUGCAUUGCAGGAAACCAGGGAGCGACUGUCGGGGUGUUACGUCAUCCCCGCUGCCGUCUGCCUGAUCCCCGGUCACCGUCUGCCUGAUCCCCGGUCACCGUCUGCCUGAUCCCCGGUCACUGUCCACCCGCACACCGGCCUCUUGACCCGACAAGCAGUGGACGCUGAUCCCCAAUAUUUCAAAGUGUUGCAUUUAUGAACGUUUGUCUUUGGGCGGCGGCCGCUGCUACAAAAAGGUUGAAAUCGCCGUGUGAUCACUGUUCCACUUGUGAAACGUGCACAGCCCGACAGACAUUCCAAGUUAGCUUUCACAAUCUGUCGGGCGACUCCAGCGGUUUGGAGCGUGGUUCUGGUUAAUCUGGCCACUGUUCUGGUGCAACCAGCUGAAACAUUGAAGCAUAUUUUGUUUUUUCCAAUGACUGAAGCAGCGAGCCACAGUGAGUUCAGUCUGAGUCCCGUUUGCAGAACGAGGAACGCCCGUCAUGAAAACCAGCCCGGAGUUCAGGUGGCUCUUCUGUCACGCGGCUGUUCAUGGUUAGCUAACAGCUAGCUGCUAGCUGCUCCCCAGACAGGUUCACUCUGAGGGGCUUUGGAGUCAUGUGCGCCUCGUGCCCUUUGACUGUGUUUCAUCUCAAGCUCUUGUUAACAGCAUCACGACCAUCGAGCCAGUCUGGUGUCCUGAAACUCAUUUUGAGGUUUUCCAAAGACGUAACCGAGCUGACAGUCCCGACACUUCUUGUAACUAACAGGUCCCUGCUGAAUCCACCAAACCCCCUUUCCUGCUGUUGGUUUGCUCGGUCUUGGUCUCACUGAGUUUUUCUUCGGUUCUCUUCUGGCAUCCCUUGGAUUCCUGUCGUCGGUGGUAGUUUAAAGCGGUGACCCGGCAGCAGAGUUCGGUCGGAUGGAAGCUAAAAGUUUGGUGCCUUCAUUUGGAGUCGUCUUGUGGCCGUGCGGUGACAUUUGCACACUUUGUAAGACUUUAACCUCUCGAUUUGUGGUUGAAUAUUUUUGCCUGUUUUAAUUUUGAGCAAAGCAAAAACCAGGAAAAAAAAACUUCUGUGCAGAGUGGUCGUUGCUAUGAUCCUCUUGACUCGUCACCAGUGUACAGUAGACUGAUGUAGUUCAUGCACGUCUGAGCAGCCGUCGGAGACGGAGAACGGCUCCCUCGUGUUGGGUUCACCCUCGCUGUAAAUGCUCCAGCUCAUGGUCAUCGUAUCGGAAUAAAUAGGUUUUCUAACUUGUUCUCUCAGGUGAUUUCUCAGUGGCCCAGAAUGUUCUCGAUGAAUACAAUGUUUGGAAAUGUGAAGCAAUGUAUUUCUCAUGUCAUGUUUCUUAAGUCGGACUUACUUUGUACUGUUGAAUUAAUAAAGAAGGUGU